AUGGCAAGCCAAACCGCUGUCGUCCUCAUCGAUCCUUACAAUGACUUCCUCCAUCCCAAAGGAAAACUUAACCCGCGUCUGGCAGAGAGCAUCGCCGCCACCGGAACCAUUGAGCAUUUGAAAGAGGUCGUCGCCACGGCCCGCAAGAACAAAAUCCCCAUCUACUAUUGCCUGCAUUGCCAGACGGACAAAUACUCGUUUCAAGGGUGGCAGAUGAUGAAUUGGUCGCUGACGGGCCUCAAAGAGAACUUGGUCUUUGAAAAGGGCUCGUGGGGUGCACAGGUCUAUGAAGGGUUGGAGCCAAACCCCGAGAACGGGGACGUCGUCGUCUCACAGCAUCUCAAUUCCAGCUCUUUCCAAAAUACGGACCUCGACUAUCAACUCCGACAGCGCGGCAUCCGCAACUUGGUCCUGGCGGGCCUUGUCACAAACACAUGUGUCGAGGCAACCGCACGAUACGGAUAUGAGCUUGGAUAUAACUUGACCAUGAUCUCCGAUGGGACAGCUGGUUUCAGCACAGAGCAGAAAGACGUUGCCACCAAGUUGAUCUGGCCGUUGUUUGCCAAUAGGAUCUUGACUGUCGGAGAAUGGGCCAAGAGCCUGGAGUGA